AUGGAAAAUCCCGAAGUGGCUGUGAGCAGCUGCAGUGCUCACGAUGAUGAAAAUCUUUGCAGCUACAAACGACACCUGUCAGUAUCACAGGAGGGGCUUUUGGAAGACCAGCUUAGAAGGAAGCUAAAAUUCUUCUUCAUGAACCCAUGUGAGAAGUUCUGGGCCCGGGGCAGGAAACCUUGGAAACUUGGGAUUCAGCUACUCAAAAUAGCAAUGGUUACUAUUCAGCUGGUGGUUUUUGGAUUGAGCAAUCAAAUGGUGGUUGCCUUCAAAGAAGAGAACACUGUUGCAUUCAAACAUCUCUUCUUAAAAGGAUACAUGGACAGGAUGGAUGAUACCUAUGCUGUAUACACACAAACAGAUGUCUAUGACCAGAUAUUCUUUGCAAUAAAUCAGUACUUACAGCUGCCCAAUAUUUCUGUUGGUAACCACGCUUAUGAGAAAAGGGGAGCAGAAGAGACGGCUCUGGCCGUGUGUCAACAGUUCUACAAGCGAGGAAUCAUCUGUCCCGGAAAUGACACCUUUGAUAUAGACCCAGAGAUUGUGACUGACUGCUUGUACAUUGAGCCAAUGACACCAUUAGACAACACAACAGUGGGAAAGCACAAUUUGAAUUUCACUCUGGAUUUCCACAGACUGGUGACAGUGCAGCUCAUGUUCAAUCUGAAGGCAAUCAACCUCCAGACUGUUCGCCACCACGAGCUCCCCGACUGUUAUGAUUUCACCCUGACGAUAGUGUUUGAUAAUAAAGCACAUAGCGGAAGAAUUAAAAUAAGUCUAGACAACGACAUAGCAAUCAGGGAAUGCAAAGACUGGCAUGUUUCCGGAUCAAUACAGAAGAACACUCAUUACAUGAUGAUCUUCGAUGCUUUUGUUAUAUUGACUUGUCUGGCCUCAUUGAUCCUUUGCACACGAUCAGUGGUUAAAGGAAUUCGGCUCCAAAGGGAAUUUGUAAGCUUUUUCCUGUAUUAUUAUAAGAAAGAAGUAUCUUUCAGUGAUCAAAUGGAAUUUGUCAACGGAUGGUACAUCCUGAUUAUGGUUAGCGAUGUCUUAAGUAUUGUUGGAUCAACUCUAAAGAUGGAGAUACAAGCCAAGAGUCUGACGAGUUACGAUGUCUGUAGCAUACUCCUAGGAACAUCCACUAUGCUUGUGUGGCUUGGAGUCAUUCGCUACCUAGGUUUCUUUCAGAAGUAUAAUCUUCUCAUCCUAACACUGCGAGCAGCAUUACCCAACGUAAUUAGGUUCUGCUGUUGUGCUGCUAUGAUCUACCUGGGCUAUUGUUUCUGUGGAUGGAUUGUACUGGGACCAUACCAUGUGAAGUUUCGCUCUCUGAACAUGGUUUCCGAAUGCCUUUUUUCAUUGAUCAAUGGAGAUGACAUGUUUGCCACGUUUGCAAAAAUGCAGCAGAAAAGUUACUUGGUUUGGUUAUUCAGUAGGAUCUACCUGUACUCCUUCAUCAGCCUGUUCAUCUAUAUGGUGCUGAGUCUCUUCAUUGCACUCAUUACAGAUACGUAUGAAACUGUCAAGCACUACCAGCAAGAUGGCUUUCCAGAGACAGAACUUCAGAGAUUUAUAUCAGAGUGCAAAGACUUGCCAAACUCUGGCAGGUACAGGUUAGAGGAAGACAGUUCUGCAUCUCUCUUCUGUUGUUGUAACGGCCCUAGUGAACAUGUUUAAUGGAUUGUGGG